AUGGAUUCUACCGAAGAAUUACAGCAACUCGAAAUAACCGCUCUCAAGUCGAUUUUUGGAAAUGAUUUCAUUGAAUGCCCCCCUCCCAAGGCGUGGAAGGGUGCGGCGAGGCUGCCUGAAUUCAUCAUACAAGUGACGAAUCCAGAUUAUCCUGACAAGAUCAGUGUAAAUCUCCACGUAAAGCUACCGAAAACGUAUCCACACCUCGCCUGCCCCAUCUUUACUCUUCAGAAGCCCGCCAAGGGCCUUACCAAUGAUCAGGUUUCGAAGUUGCAGCAAAUCAUCAAUGCGGAGGCACAGAAACAGCGGGGAACUGAAAUGGUUUUUACCAUCGCCAACACAUGUCAAGAUUGGCUUGUGAACAAUGUCACGCCGGUAUCAGGCUCCCUUGCUGUGCAGAUGACUCAAAGAGCGUUAGACGAAGAAAGGAAUCGUAAGCAGCGAGAAGCAGAGGAGGCAGCGAGAGAAGAGGAACGAAGGAAGAGGGAAGCUGAAGAACUGGAAGCACAGAUCGAGCAGGACGCGUUGCGGCAGUUGAUGGCGAGGGAGCAGCAGUUCAAGUCUCGAGAGCGAGCAAACUCGGAGACCACGGAAGUUCCUUUCAUGAGCGACACCCCUUUGGAGACGUUCAGCCAAGAUAUCCACCUGGGCGACGUGCGCUUCAACACUGUAAAGCUCUUUUAUCCAAGACAAGGUCCGUCCCCGUUUGGUUUCGGACACCGCGUUCACGGCGCUGACCUCCUAAUAGCUGGCCUCCAGACCGUUUACUUGGCAGAGCCAGUCGUCGACGACCUACAUACGACCCCGCCACUGGAGCUUCAUAUUUAUACCUUCGAGUCGUCAUACUACUCAACGAGCCAAGGGCGAAAGAAGCUGAAGCAAGUCGAGCAAGAGAUCAAGGACCUCACGGUUACCCGCCAUGACCAUCUCCUCGCCACCCUAGCAGUCAAGUUGAAGCUGCCCCACUCCAGUGACCCGGCGCAACUCAUCGUGUUAACGGAGCAAACUCCCCAUGUCACCCUUCACGACGUGUUGGUGGAUUGUCAUUCUUUGCGGGAAGACAGAGCAACACAAUAUCUCACCCAAAUCCUGCAAGCUCUCAACGCUCUUCACAACAAGAAUCUCGUUCAUCGCGGGAUGGACGUUCGAUGCCUCGGGCUUGUUUCUUCAAGGACGAACCCUGGCCAGAAGGUCAUCAAGGUCGGCAAAGCCGUGUUCCACACGCACUUGCUUGACCUUCACAGGUCCAACUCGUUUGGGCCUCACAUCCCGCCAGUGGCCGACGAGCCUCAGAUAUCCGAUGGUUGGCUGUCGCGUGAGAUGAAGGACUCGGCUCUGUUGUACACGAAGCGAAGGGACAUCCAUAACGUUGGCAUUAUCCUGCUCCAAAUGUUGAUGGGGCUGGAUGUUACGGAGCGCUACUCUGAUGUUCAGGAAGCGAUCCACUCAUCCGCCAUCUCACCGGUUCUCGCCAGGCAAGCGACGAACAUGCUCACCCCCACGAAGAAGAACAACAUCUCGUGCAUGACCCUGUUGUCCGAGCUUGCGGAGGACAGUUUGAAGGCGUCUCUGCAGCAAACGCCGAUGACGAGUCGGUCUAUCCCGAUCAUGAACAGUAGCGGCGGGCCAAGAACCCCGGUUCCAAGCAUGUAUUACGGUUCCCCUGAAGUCGAUUAUGUGAUGCAUCGGAUGCGUCAGGCUCGCCAAUCGAGUCGAUGGAAAGAUGACUGGGAGGAACUGGAGCUUCUAGGCAAAGGUGCCUUCGGUUCCGUGGUUAAAGCUCGCAACAAGGUCGACAACCGCGUCUACGCCGUCAAGAAGGUCCGCCUUAAAGCAGUGCAGAAAGAUGACAAGAUCAUGCGAGAAGUGAACGCUCUCAGCCGGCUCAACCAUCGGUUUAUUGUUCGAUACUACACCACAUGGAUCGAGACAACCGAAGCGCCGUCUACCACUGUUUCCGACGACUCCAGCGCGGAGUCUUCAAUGAUUACCAGCUCUGAAGUCACUUCGAUCCCAGACGAUGAUAGCGAACGUCAUUUACCCAUCAAUGGAGGAUUUGAUCUGGGCGACCUGGAUGACCUGGACGAUGAACUUGGGUCACAAUCGUCGUUCCCUAGCAUCCACUUUGAAGGCUCCAAGUCUCCUGCGAAUUCCGACAGCAGUGGCGACGAUAGUUUGUUUGACUCGAUGUCGCCCACCAACAAGAACCUGACGUUCCCUUCGAAUUUUGGGCCGAGUAGGACCCUUUAUAUUCAGAUGGAAUUUGUGGAGCGUCAGACGCUGCGGGAACGAGUUGACGAAGGUAUCUCGGAGGAAGAAGGAUGGCGCCUGUUCCACCAGAUUGUGGAUGCUCUAGUGCAUAUGGCGAACCUUGGUAUCAUCCACCGUGAUAUCAAGUUGACGAACAUCUUCAUUGCCCUUGCGAAGAUCAUGGGUCUCACUCUAUUCCCAGUCGGUGACUUCGGAUUGGCUACGUCGAGUCUUGCCGCGGUGGAUCCUUCGGAUGUCCAACACAAGCCGGUGACAUAUGAUCCUGAAAUGACCCUCGAGGUGGGAACGAGAUUGUACAUCGCACCCGAAGUUCAGUGGACUGGCAGGAGGGCAGCCCCCAAGAACCACAACAAGGCGGACAUGUACAGUCUGGGAAUCGUCUUCUUCGAAAUGAACUACCGGUUCACUACUGGAUCAGAACGAAUCGUUGUCUUGGAAGACUUGCGCAAGCCUGGUAUCUUCUUUCCUACAUCUUGGGAACCCCAUCGUACCCGCCAGAGGGAAAUCAUCACCUGGUUGCUCCAACAUGACCCGGAGAAGCGACCCUCGGCGCUGGACCUGUCCCAGAGCCCUCUGAUGCCACCUCGCGUUGAAGACGAGUAUUUCCAUCAAGCGCUGGGACUGAUGGCCAAACCCGACACGCCGCACUACCAAACGGUUUUGUCACUCUUGUUCAACCAGCCGACGAAAGCCUCGCGAGGGUUCCUUUACGACAAGGAUCUUGAUCGCCCUGAAUAUCUUUCACUGGCGGACGCUGUUCAGGACCGGUUGGCGGCUCUUUUCAAGCUUCAUGGUGCUGUGGACAUCGAACCUCCGCUCCUGAUGCCCGUUGUCGACCGGGAGGACGAGAAGAACCACGCAACCUUCAUUGAUAGGAUGGGAACUCUGGUCAGCCUCCCGAACAAUCUCCUUGUUCCGUUUGCGAGGUUGGCAGCCAAAGGAAAUUCGAAGCGUAUCAAACGAUACCAUAUUGCCAAUAUCUAUCGACCAAACCCUGUCGCAGGCCAUCCUCUCAUUCAGAAGGCUGCUGUCUUUGAUAUCAUCACUCAAGACGUCGAGUAUGGGCCCAUCGCUGCGGGUGCCGAGGUGAUAGCUGUCAGCAAUGACAUCCUGAACACGUUCCCCAACUUGACUGGGACCUACAACAUCAGGGUGUCCCAUUCGACUAUUGUUGAAUUGGCGAUGGCUAGAAUCCCUGAAGAGCAUCGAGCGGCGGUGGUUGAGAUCUUGAUGCAGUCAAAGUCGUCGACAUCUCAGAAACGGGCGUUGUUGUUGAAGAAGGGGCUGACGAGGGCUGUGAUCGACGAGCUGGAGAUCUUGAACGAAUCAGAGGAUGACAUCGAUGAUGUGGUCUACAAGCUCGAGAAGAUCUCGUCGCCUCUACUCCCUCUUCUCCGGCCUGUCGUCGCGGAGAUUAAGGCCACUUUGCAGCACGCAGCUUUUGCGGGGGUUGACCGACCUAUGAUCAUCCACCCACUUAUGCUUGGGAACCAUCAUCAGUACUUCAAGGACGGGAUACUCAUCGAGCUCACGCACAAGUCGAAGCCAAGUAAUGUCCUAGCUGCUGGUGGCAGAUACGACGCAGUGAUUGCGCGGCACUCCCCGACGCUGAGACAGAAGGGCGACAACCUCUGUGCUAUCGGUAUUCAAAUCGCACUUGAGAAGAUUCUUGCCCAAUUGGCGCUGUUCCAGAGCAAUUAUGUCAAGAACCUGAUCAAGGAGGAGCGUUCCUUUGGCUAUUGGAGUCCUCGGCGAUGCGAUGUCUAUGUGGUCUCUUACCACACCGGGUACCUGCAGGACCGGUUGGAGGUCGUCUCGUAUCUUUGGCAGCAUAAUAUCAGCGCGGAUAUCAUGUACGAGUCUGCGAUCUCUGAUAUUGAGCACGAGAGGCUGGAGAGCGUAUGUGAGCGAGAAGGAAUUCUGUUCACAGUAUGUCCAAGGCCUCGCGCGUCUAAGCAAACUCAGUCGGCCUUCAAGGUUAAGAGCAUCCUGAAGGGCGCUGAAUAUGAUCUGUCUCGCGCUGAAUUGGUCGGUUGGUUGCAACAUCAAAUCGCAGAACAGAAACGGAUCGACCUCAGUACCUAUGGAACUGGGGCUGCGUGGGAAUCGACGCCAACUACUUCAUCGUCCAAGGAUGCCAUGGCCACUCCAGAUGUGCAGCUCGUCCUUCCUGCCGACGUGAAGAAGCAACGAAGAUCGGUCAAACAUAUGCUCAACGAUCGAGCUUUCGAGACAUCAAAGAAAGUCAAGGCCUCGGUGGCUACUAUGCCCACUGUUGCGGUUGAUGUCCCGACCUCCGUGUUCGACACGAUGUGUCGCUCCUCCUCUUGGCUCUCCGACGAUGACACCUGGCGAUCCCUCGUGGCGGCCUUCCCGCCUGGCCACUCGGCUUAUGCAUCCCAGAUACGGGAGUCGGUUCUGAAGCACAAGGCUGACGGACACCCCUACGUCCUUCUCUUUGCCGUCAAGGAAGAGAGGAUUCAACUCUUGGCCCUUACUUGA